GCUGCUGCUGUGUGGCGGGCUUUUGGCGUCUCUUCCACCUUCCUCCAUUGCUGGACCACCAAGAUAAGACCACCACGCCGAGGAACAUCUAUCAGGCUGAGACCACGGCCACCCCUGACCGGCGGCGGACCGGCCAGGACCGGACCAUUAGGGGCGGGGAGGGGGGAGUCGCCUAAGCCGCUUAGAGCCGGCUCCACACGGGCAGGAGCUGGAAGAGAAAGAAUGGAACAAACUAAACAUGGCUGUUGACCAGAGACGUGCUUCUUUUCUGGCGUCGACUUAAAGACGGGACCGCGUCGAACAGACCUGCUGGAGGAAUGUUCACCCUCACUGAAGUCGCUUCCCUGAAUGACAUCCAGCCAACGUACCGCAUCCUGAAGCCAUGGUGGGACGUCUUUAUGGACUAUCUUGGCAUUGUCAUGCUGAUGCUGGCAAUAUUUGCCGGCACCAUGCAGCUGACGCGGGAUCAAGUGGUCUGUCUCCCCGUUCUGGACCCAGCUCUGGAUGAAGCCGGCGAAUUCCUGAGUCCUCAACCAACAGAGGCAGCUGACCGGCUGUGGAGUAAGGAGAGUGCCAUGGGGGAGCAGGCGGCGCCUCUCAUGGCCAGGAGGUCUCCGGACAGAGUUGAUCCGACAGUUCCACUCCCGCAGCAACUCCCUCCCGCCGGAAUCAGAACCAAGUUGGACUUUCAGCAGUAUGUUUUUGUCAACCAGAUGUGCUACCAUGUCGCCCUUCCGUGGUAUUCCAAAUACUUCCCUUACCUCGCUCUUAUCCACACUCUGAUACUGAUGGUCAGCAGCAACUUCUGGUUCAAAUAUCCAAGGACCAGCUCCAAGAUAGAACAUUUUGUGUCCAUAUUGGGCAAAUGCUUUGAGUCGCCUUGGACUACGAAAGCGCUGUCUGAGACGGCGUGCGAGGACUCUGAGGAGAACAAGCAGAGGCUGGCAGGGACCUCCACCUUCCUAAAGCAUCUCUCCACCAGCAGCGAGGAGGGCAGUCCCAACCAGUCAGCUCCCAUGCUGACCAAGUCUGGCGUCACCUUCUCUGCCGAGAAGCUUGUCAGCGAGGUGCCUGCCAUGACAAUACUGGACAAGAAAGAUGGCGAGCAGGCCAAGGCGCUCUUUGAGAAGGUCAGGAAGUUCCGUGCACACGUGGAGGACAGUGACUUGAUCUACCGCCUGUAUGCCAUUCAGACGGUCAUCAAGACGGUGAAGUUCAUCCUGAUCCUGUGCUACACCAUGACCUUUGUGGCCUCUAUUGACUUCCAUCACGUUUGUGAGCCUGAGAUUAAACACCUGACAGGAUACAAGAAGUUCCACUGCACACACAACAUGGCCUUCAUGCUGAAAAAGCUGCUGGUGAGCUACAUCGCGCUCAUAUGCGUCUAUGGCGUCAUCUGCAUUUACACACUCUUCUGGCUUUUCCGGCGUCCGCUGAAGGAGUACUCAUUUGAGAAAGUGAGAGAGGAGAGCAGCUUCAGUGACAUUCCAGAUGUGAAGAAUGACUUUGCUUUCCUGCUGCACAUGGUGGAUCAGUAUGACCAGCUAUAUUCCAAACGCUUUGGCGUGUUCCUCUCGGAAGUUAGCGAGAACAAACUCAGAGAGAUCAGCCUGAACCAUGAGUGGACUUUUGAGAAGCUUCGGCAGCAUGUGACUCGCAACGUUCAAGAAAAGCUGGAACUCCAUCUCUUCAUGCUGUCAGGAGUGCCAGACGCUGUUUUUGAUCUCACAGAUUUGGAAAUUCUCAAACUGGAGUUAAUCCCUGACGCCAGGAUCACGGCCAAGAUCUCACAAAUGAUAAACCUCCAGGAGCUCCAUUUCUACCAUUGUCCUGCCAAAGUGGAGCAGACUGCUUUUAUUUUCCUUCGGGAUCACCUGAGGUGCCUUCAUGUAAAGUUCACAGAUGUUGCUGAGAUUCCCAGCUGGUUGUACCUGUUGAAGAAUUUAAGGGAACUCUACCUGGUGGGGAAUCUCAACUCGGAAAACAAUAAAAUGAUUGGACUGGAGUCUCUGCGGGACCUGAGGCACCUAAAAGUUCUCCAUCUGAAAAGCAACCUCACAAAGAUCCCCACCAACAUCACAGAUCUUUCGCCACAUCUCCUCAAGCUGGUGGUCCACAAUGACGGCACCAAGCUGCUGGUGCUCAAUAGUCUAAAGAAGAUGAUCAACCUGGCUGAGCUGGAGCUUCACAAUUGCGAGCUGGAGCGCAUCCCACAUGCCAUCUUCAGUCUGACCAACCUACAGGAGCUGGACCUCAAGUCCAACCACAUCCGGACCAUUGAAGAGGUCAUCAGCUUCCAGCACUUGAAGCGGUUGACAUGCCUCAAGCUGUGGCACAAUAAGAUCAUCUCCAUUCCAAUCUCCAUCAGCCACGUCAAGAACCUGGAGUUGCUCUUUCUGUCUCACAACAAGCUGGAAUGUCUGCCCACAUCUUUGUUCACCCUUCUCAAGCUGAGGCACCUGGACGUCAGCCACAACUCCAUCGCCACCAUACCUCUAGAGGUGGGCUUUUUGCAGAACCUACAACAUUUUGCCAUCACAGGGAAUAAAGUGGAAGUGGUUCCCAAGCAGCUCUUCAAGUGCACCAAACUGAGGACACUGUGUCUCAGCCACAAUUGCAUCACUUCCGUUCCGGAGAAGAUUGGCCAGCUGGCGCAGCUCAGCCACCUGGAAGUGAAGGGGAACUGCCUGGACCGACUCCCGGCCCAGCUGGGUCAGUGCUCCCACCUGCGACGCAGCUGCCUCAUCGUGGAGGACCACCUCUUUGAUUCGCUGCCUUUGGAGGUCAAGGAGACCAUCAAUCAGGAGUCGGGUGUUGCCUUUACAAACGGGUGCAAGUGUCUGACUGAUGGACGGUAGUCAUGUGACUGAUUCUGGGUCAUUAAUGUUUUUUUUUUAUUUUAAGCAGUGGUUUCACAAGCCCAACAGAACAGAAAAGGUUAAAACCACUGAAAAACCCUCUGGUUUGUGUCACGUCUCUAAUGUUAGUCCUUUUGUUGAUGCAUGUAGCAACUUAGCAUGAGCUGAACCGCCACAAAAGGGAGCAUCGAGCCCGCCAAACAUCACCUGGCUAAGUCCUCCUUUGUGAGGGAACACCACUUUAGGGUUUUAGUGCUAAAGGUACUCUUUCAGUUGCCGUGCAAAGUCUUAGUCCACCAGUAGCUGUGUUGUUUUAAUGGGAAUGGUAGCAAACAUACAGUUAGCGGGAUUACCCAAAACUUUGAUGGGUUCUGCUCAACUGGGAACCAAAUUUACCAUUGCUUUGUGUUGAUUUGGGACUGACGGACUUACAAAUUCAAAUAUUUACAAGUUGAAAUUGUGAAUUCAGGUGGAAAGUUGCCAAACAUUUAAUGUUCGUAAUAUUGGCUUAAUGAGUGAGAUGAGUCAUAUAUUUAUCCGGUAGUUGCCUCUUAUAAUAGGGAUGCUUCUUAUGGGACUUUUUAUUAGAUGUUUUAACUCCUAGUCACUUUGGUGCUCUCGUUGCUUCCUUUUACACAGAAACGACUCAGCCAACUCCUCUUUCAACUAACCUAGUCCUGAACCAUACAUAAUACACAUGCUCGGCCCCCAUCACAACAUGAGGCACACUAUUAGUCCAACAAUGUGUGCAUUCUUGUGGUAGUGGUUUGCAUUGGCCUCGCCACUACAACCACAAUAUUAAACAGAUCAAAUGUCGUCUUUGUAAAGGAAGAAUUUGUACCUUAAAUUGUACGUACAUGUGUAGAAACAAAUGAAAGUAUCAUCACAAUGUGCAAAAAGAACACGUGAGGGAACAAUGUUGUUUUUUGGCGUGAGGCGAAGGUGCAUCAAAAGUGGGCUUGAGGGGGGUCUGUUUGUGUAACCUUAUGCAUUCCAGUUCAUUCUAUUCUUGUCAAACAUUGACAAGUGGUGCCGGUACUCACAAAAGGGACCAGCUGAUCCUCCUCUUCACUUACUCGACCAACACACUGGCAACUAUUUAUUUUUUUUUAUAUUAUUGUCCUUGUUGUCUUUUAUUCUGAUUAACAUGUUCAUCUUGUACUUUGUGACAACUUGUCAGCUAGUUCAAUAAAUAACUUUAGCUUCAUUUAAAGCUGAAGAAACAAAGAGAA